GACCCAUUUGUGAUGAAAGCUUGGGCCAAGACAUAUCCUGAAAACAAGCAUGUGAAGUUCCUUGCCGAUGGUUCAGGAACCUACACCCAUGCCCUUGGCCUCGAACUAGACCUCACUGAGAAAGGGCUCGGUGUGCGCUCCCGCAGGUUUGCGCUGCUUGUUGAAGAUCUGAAAGUGAAGGCUGCAAACAUUGAAUCCGGUGGUGAAUUCACUGUUUCAAGUGCUGAGGAUAUUCUCAAGGCUCUAUGAUCUG